AUGACGAGGACUAUUAACAUUGCCAAGCACUUCACCAGCAGAUGGCCCAUUUCCAGAGGAGAAAAUGCACUUUAUGACCCUCACGUCAUCCCUGAAUGCGUUUCCAAUGUCCGCAUUUUGGAAUAUAAAGCCCAAGCCCACGUGGGCAGCAGGACAGAUCCUGAAGCAUCGCUUCUACAAAUUACAGUGCCACGGAAGAUUAAGACAAAUACCAAUGAUGGUGAAGUUUCAGAAACACAUGUCACAUAUGCCAUCAAAAUUGACAGGGAAACAUAUACUUUCCAUCUUAAAAAACAGUCAUUUUUAGACCCUCAUUUCCCGGUGUAUGCAUACAACAAAUCAGGAACAUUGUAUCCAGAUUCUUCAUUUAUAAAGGGCCAUUGCUUUUAUCAAGGAUAUGCUGCAGAAAUUCCAAAAUCAGCUGUGACCCUUAGCACCUGUUCUGGACUCAGGGGAUUUUUGCAAUUGGAGAAUGUCAGUUAUGGCAUUGAGCCAUUGGAAUCUGCAACUGUAUUUGAGCAUAUGCUUUAUCAAAUAAAUAAUGAAAAAAUUGAUUUUUCUCCCUUAAAAGAAAAUUUUCCUAUGCCCCAAUUGGUACAAAAAUCCUACAAGAUUCUUGUGAAAUCAAAAAAAGAUUCAGAUGAACUAUUGGAAACAAUUCUGAAAAUACAAAUCAUUAUGGAUAAAGCUUUGUUUGAUUACAUGGGCUCUGAAGUGGCAUUUGCAGCUGAGAAAGUUGUCCAUAUCUUUGGUCUUAUCAACAUUAUGUUUUCCCAGCUUAAAGUGACUGUGAAGCUAACUUCUUUGGAGCUCUGGUCAGAUCAAAAUAAGAUUUCAACUAAGGGGGAUGCUGAUGAAGUACUACAAAGAUUUGUGUCAUGGAAAGAACAAUUUAUGUUUCAAAGAUCUCAUGAUAUGGCAUAUUUAUUAAUUUAUAGGGAUCAUCCUAAUUACGUGGGAGCAACAUAUCAUGGAAUGGCAUGCAAUCCAAAAUUCGCUGCAGGAAUUGCUCUGUAUCCACAGAUGAUAACGUUAGAGGCAUUUUCAGUUGUUAUGACACAGUUGCUUGGAGUUAGUCUGGGAUUAACAUAUAAUGAUGACAUCUUCACUUGUUACUGCCCAGGAACUACAUGCAUAAUGAACACCAAAGCAAUACGUUCCCAUGGUGUAAAGUUUUUUAGCAGUUGCAGCAUGGAUGAAUUUAAACGUAUGAUUUCACAGCCUGAAUUUGAAUGUCUUCACAAUCAAAUAGUUUCAGAAGUAGUUUACCAAGGAAGAAAUUCACUUUGUGGCAAUGGAAUUUUGGAACCACCAGAACAAUGUGAUUGUGGUGGUACAGAGCAUUGCAAACAUUUGAGAAAAUGCUGUAAUCCUGCAGAUUGUACUCUGACUGAAUUUGCAGAGUGUGGCACUGGAGCAUGCUGUGAUACAGAAACUUGUCUGAUGUCUGUAAAAGGAACUGUAUGUCGGGAAAGCAAAGAUCCAUGUGAUUUUCCAGAAUUUUGCAAUGGAAGAAGUGAAUUUUGUGUACCUGAUGUGAAAUCUGCUGAUUUAGAACCAUGCAAUAAUAAGACUGCCUAUUGCUAUAAUGGGAUAUGCCAAGAUACAGAUAAACAGUGUGCAGACUUAUUUGGAAAAUUUGCAAAAGGUUCUACUCUCUUGUGUACACAAGAAGUGAAUAUGCAUGAUGAUGAUUUUGGAAACUGCAGAAGAAAUUUUUGUAAUUUUAGGGAUAUCCUUUGUGGAAAGAUAGUUUGUCACUGGACCCAUUUAGAAAUAAUACCAUUUAAAAAAUUUGAUAUUCAGUAUACUUACAUGGAAGGCCAUCUGUGUGUCUCUGCAUAUUUAAGAAUACCAACAGCACAUGUAACAGAAGAUUAUACCUAUACAUCAAAUGGCACUAUGUGUGGUCCAAAUAUGUAUUGUGACCAGGGACGUUGUUCUUCUAGGAAUUCAUACGCACAGAGAACAAAUUGUGACUCAAACAUAAAUUGCAGUGGACAUGGGGUUUGCAAUGAUAUGCUUAAUUGUCACUGUGAUGUCGGAUAUUCUCCUCCACUUUGUAGACCAUCACGAACAUCACCAGGAGGAAGUAUCAAUGAUGGGUUUUGGAGUAAGGGAAGUUAG